UCUGUGGUCAGGGCAGAACAGGGAGCAGAGCUGAACCAGCUGAAUAUAUUGUGUGAGCAGGUCGCAGGGUUUAAAAUGGACUGGUUCCACUGUAACCAGUGCUUCACAAGGAAAGGGUCGUCGUUUGCUGUGUCCAGCUGUGGCCACAUCUCCUGUGAGGCAUGCAUCAAAUCUAAGCAGUGCAGUGUGUGUGGGGCCAGCUGCAGUUAUCUGCCCAUCACGGAUGAGAUGAAACCACAGGAAAAAGUGUUUUUCAAGGACCCAACGAAGCUGAUCCAGUCACGACUGCAGCACAUAUCACAGAUUGUUCAUUUCCAGUGGACACAGAUGGAAAGAGUCACGACGCACUUCAAGCACAAGUCUGUUGAAUUGGAGAGGCGCCUGAAGGAGGUCUCUGAGCAGGGCUACAGGCAACUGACCGAGCUGAAAAGAGAGAACGCUGCCUUAAAAAAGCAGCUUUCUGAGCUGAAAAGGGAAACUGCCGAAUUAAAGAAGCCACUUUCUCAGAGGAGGGUUUCUCCAGGACAAUUUCAUACAGAUGGCACUCAAAGGAUGACACUCCCUGUGGCUGUCACCUCCCCAGUUACACCUCGGUCAAGAGCCAACAGUCACUUUGGCUCAGCAGAGUCUCAGGGGUGGACCAGAGGCCGAGGUCCCAGUCUCUCCUCUCUCACUACUCCUGGAUCAGCCACUUCUAUUUCCAGCAACAGUUCUCUUCAUGAACAUGUACACAGAACACCUACAUCCUUCAGCACUUCAACAAGAACUCUGCAUCAGACCCCUGUUUUCCAGUUCCAGUUUAUGAAUGGAUUUUCAUUACAGUCUCCGAGGCGUUAAUGAGACGUCCCUAUGACAAACAUUUGUCCGUUUAGGAGUCGUUAGCUGUUGUGUUCAUCAGGACUCUCACGUCUUGUUCUGAGAUUUG